AUGUGUCCUCAGGCAGGAGUCUUACCUGCUGUCUUCGUGGAGGACUCGGACAGCGAGGGGACAUUUCAUGGCUUCUCUGACUCUGAUCUCAAGAAUCUAAGUAUUGAAGAUGAAGCUCAGCUUGACCUUUCACCCGAGAAGCAGGAGGCCACAUCCAAACCACCUGCCUUCAGGCUGAGGGUGGCCCUCCGCUCCUCUCCCUCCACCCAGAAGGCCAGUGAUGAUGAUGAUGAUGAUAAUGAGGAGGAGGCAGAAGAGGAGGAAGAAAAGAGGGGGAAGAAGAAACGGUCAGGAAGAACCGGUCCGGCGUGGAAGAAGAGACGAGUUAAAUUCGAAGACGAGGAGACGGCAGUGGCUCGGCCGAAGAGCGAGGAGGCUGACUGUGAUUCAGGAGAAGAAGUGUUGGAUGUUUUCCUGGCGAAGAGAGAGCAGAACAUCAAGGCCAACAAAGCCAUGCUGGCUCAGCUGAUGGCGGACCUGCACAAAAUGCCAGGGGUCGGAGGGUUUCUGCCAAAACAAGUCAGCAAGCAGAAGACGAAGGAGAGGAGCUCUCGCCCACCACGCUCUGCUGCAGCUGGACCGGAGUCCAGGAGGAACCCGGACCGGGCGACCCGCAGACGGACCCGCUCCAUGGGGGUGAAGGAGGAAUCUUCAGCCCCUAAGGAGGAAGAACUUGAGCUCAGCUUGGAGGAGGAGCUGCUGGAGGUUCGCCGAGCCCCUCAGCGGCGUGGCACCCCGCGGCCCAGCCAGUCCAAACCUCAUCUCAUCCGUCCUGUGGAGGACAUCACAGAGGACGAGCUCCUGCUGGUCGCAGACAACAUGACCGUGAAAGUCUACAACAGCGUCUCAGGCUCCACGUGUCAUCAGUGCCGUCAGAAAACCACCGACACCAAGACGUGUUGUCGUGAUGAAGGCUGCCGGGGGAUCCACGGUCAGUUCUGCGGGCCGUGCCUGAGGAACAGAUACGGAGAGGACGUCAGGAAGGCGCUGCUGGAUCCGGAGUGGAAGUGCCCCCCCUGUCGAGGUAUUUGUAACUGCAGCUUCUGCCGUCAGCGUGACGGCCGCUGCCCGACGGGCAUCCUGUUCCCACUCGCUCAAUAUCACGGCUUCUCUGACGUCCACUCCUACCUCAGCAGCCUACGCAGCAAACUGAAGCGUGAGGAUGACGACGUGGAGACGUGA